UGUCGCUCUAGCAAGGGCUGAUUAAACACUCAACGCGUCGGCUCCCUGUGCCACUCCUAGUAAAUAAUGAAUUGGGAAGGGAACAGUUAAUAAGAAAAUGUGCCUCGCUAACCAUGCACAUUACAACAAAGAGCUGGCAGCUCCUGAAGGAAAAGGGCUUGUGCCGCUGCCGUUCAAACUUGUCAGUCAACUUGUGCCAGCAGCCUCAGCGUCUGCCUCCCCAGCACACCCUCAUUACAUGUGUCUGUCUGGCCUGAUCUGUACAUCUGCUCUGAGACGCUGCUGCCGAAGCAAGUAGAGUUGGAGAUUUCUGCUUUUCUCAGUGGUGCAGAGAGAAAAUUUCUCCUUGCUUCUCCUCUGUCUCCAGCUGCUCUCCCCAAAGGAGGCUCCUGCUUUAUGGUAGCUUUGGACUUCCUACACCGUGUGUCUGCCCUUGACUUCUAGAAUGGAAGAAGCUGAGCUGGUGAGAGAAAGACUUCAGGCCAUCACAGAUAAAAGAAGAUUACAGGAAGAAAUCUCACAGAAGCGUCUGAAAAUAGAGGAAGAUAAACUUAAGCACCAGCAUUUAAAGAAAAAGGCCUUGAGGGAAAAAUGGCUUCUGGAUGGAAUCAGCAGUGGAAAAGAGCAGGAAGAGAUGAAGAAGCAAAAUCUACAAGACCAGCACCAGAUUCAGGUUCUAGAACAAAGUAUUCACAGACUCGAGAAAGAGAUUCACAACCUUGAAAAGGCUGAGCUGCAAAUCUCAACCAAUGAGGAGGCAAUUUUAAAGAAAUUAAAAUCAUAUGAGAGGACAACAGAAGAUAUAAUAAGGUCUGUGAAGGUGGAAAAGGAAGAAACACGAGGAGAAUCAAUUGAAGAUAUCUAUGCUAAUAUUCCCGACCUUCCAAAAUCCUACAUACCUUCCAGGUUAAGGAAGGAAAGAAGUGAUGGAUUAGAAGAUGGUGAGCAAAACAGAAAAGCUUUGUAUGCCAUGGAAAUUAAAGUUGAGAAAGACUUGAAGACUGGAGAAAGCACAGUCUUGUCUUCAAUACCUCUGCCAUCAGAUGACUUCAAAGGAACAGGGAUAAAAGUAUAUGACGAUGGGCAAAAGUCAGUGUAUGCAGUCAGCUCCAAUCCCAUUACAUCACACAAUGGCACCGAUGACCUGGCACCAGUUGAAGUAGAGGAACUCUUAAGACAAGCUUCAGAGAGAAACUCUAAAUCACCAACAGAAUAUCAUGAGCCUGUAUAUGCCAAUCCAUUUUACAGGCCUACAACCCCACAGAGAGAGAAGUCAACCACUGGACCAAACUUUCAAGAAAGGAUAAAGAUAAAAGCUAACGGACUGGAUAAUGAUAUGAAUGACUCCACCCAUAAUAUGGACAAUGGGCUUUCAGAGGAGAGAGAUAACAGCAUCAAUCAUACUAGUCCCAUUCGGCCAAUCCCUCACCGCCGAACAAUGACUCAAGCAACAGAGGAGAAGCCCCACACCUUUCAAAAGAUGACUCCUUGUGAAGAAGCAAGUGUGAUGCAGGACAAGUAUGCAUCCUCUCCAGAGGCAGAAUUGAGUCCCAGCAGAGCACUAAUUGGGAAGUCAGAACACCAAGGUUCUUCUACUUGCCAGGAGGAGGAAGAUGUUAGAUACAAUAUUGUUCAUUCUCUGCCUUCUAACAUGAAUGACACAGAGCCUGUGACCAUGAUCUUCAUGGGGUACCAGAAAGCAGAAGACAGUGAAGAAGAAAAGAAGCUUCUGACAGGGUAUGAUGGGAUCAUCCAUGCUGAGCUGGUUGUGAUUGAUGACGAGGACGAAGAGGGUGAAGAAGAAAUUGAGAAGCCAUCCUACCAUCCCAUAGCUCCCUAUAGUCAGGUUUAUCAACCUGCCAAGCCAACACCACUUCCUAGAAAGAGAUCUGAAGUUAAACCCCAUGAAAACACAAACCACAAAUCUCCCCACAAAAAUUCCAUAUCCCUGAAAGAACAAGAAGAAAGCUUAGGGAGCCCUGUCCAUCAUUCUCCAACUGAUGUUCAGAUAACUGGAGAUGGGACUGAAGACCCGUCCUUAACAGCUUUAAGGAUGAGAAUGGCAAAACUGGGGAAAAAAGUCAUCUGAAGUACGCCAUUUAUGUUAACAUCCUCUCAAGAAGAAACAAAGAACUGUUGCAGUGUUCCCGUCUGGGCAUUUUGUUUCUUUUUUCUGAAAUCAAAAAGAUUGUAAUUAUACCCAUAAAAAGCCAUUAAGGAUAGACAGUAGUUAUUACUUGAGAAAAUUUUUGAAAAAGCUGGGGAAAACAAACGCUUAACUUUUCCAUGUACUUGACCUUCAGUGAGGGGCGGGGGCAGCAUAUUUUUAUUGUAUUCAUACCAAAGCAUUUCUAAUAAGAGCUUGUUAAAUUUAAGAAUAAAGUUAUUUAAAAAUA